AGAGAAAGUGAGAUAAGCACUGUGAGAUAACUGGCUCGGAAAAGGGAAAAUCAAGGGGCCAAACCCCGUUUUGUUUUAUUGUUUUGUUUUUUUUUGUUAUUUAAUUUUGCUCAUACAUGGGUGUGUGUUGUUUCUGAUUUUUCUGAAUUGCAAUACAUUGUAAAAACAUUCAUCAUCAUUCAUUCAUUUGUCGCCAUCCGCAAAUGGACGGCUAUGAAUCACCGACAUAGGCAAAUCCGUAGAUAAUUUACAAUCGCCUAUUCACAUGCCACAUGGAGUGGAAGUGGUUGCAGUUUUAGUUUUAUUGUUGUUUCCUUGAGAGCUGCAUAAUUUCGAUUGGUUUUUAUUGACGGGGUCAAGAAGCUCUUGAACCAAUGCCCGAAAGUAUGCAAGUUGGGGAUGCAGGUACCUAAAAUAGCGAGGCUUCUUUUGGAUUUUGGGUGCACAUUUUAUGGCUUAGUUUUGAAUAAAUAUGUUAUCCAAUAUUCAGAUUCUUUAAAAUUGAUGAAAUAUUUUUUUCUUUGAUUUUUUUAUGUAAAUUCUUAAUCUGUAUAUUUUUAGUGUGUGGAAGUUAGGUUUUGGUGACCCCCAAACAUUUACCAUUGAAACGGUGACGCAUACCCGCAUUUUUGGGUUUUUUAUAGUUUAUGGUUCAAUUGUCUAAUGAGCUUAAUUAGUAAAGUUCAUUUGUAAUAAAGUAUACCAAAAAUGGUAUAGUUUGUUUUUACGGCGAUUGAUAAUACUCAAUUUGUUGAUAUGCAAAUAGUAUGAAAUUUCAUUCUCAGAAUGUGUUUAACUAUAUUGUGAUAAAAUAAGGUUUUGGUGAUUUGCAAUUAAAACGUUAAAAAAAAAUUUUUAAACAAUAAAGUAGGCUUUUGUAAUAUUAGUAGUAGGCCUGGACUGGCAACACACUAAUGUCAGUUUUUAUUUUGUUUAUUCAAAGUUGAGAUGCUUCACGAGCAGCACCGAAUUACAAAAUAGUUAUUUCGAUUUUAAAAUAAAGCACAAAAUUUCAAAAUUCUCUGAAAUUUUUGAAAACGGUUCAACUUAUACAAUAGAGGGGAUUGAAGCAGGAAGAAGAUAAAAUUAAUACAAUAGAGUCCAGAGAGAUAGAGGAAAAGGAAACUGUUCAUUAAGUAAGGAAAUAAAAGGGGAGUAUCAUCAUGAGUGACAUUGGCGAGCAAUAUAAGGCGGAGUUGAAUGAGAUCUACGCCCUGUUCGGCAAGGAGAAUCCCGGUGUCAUCACUGCCGAGGAUCUGAAUACCGUGAUGCAGCAUUUGGGCCGGAGGCCAAACUCCGAGGAGCUGCGCGACAUGGUCCUGGCCGCCGAUUCCGGGGGCAGUGGCUCCGUGGACUUCCAGCGCUUCUGCCGAAUGGUGAUCCGCGCCGAAAACGAGGAGAUGAUCCGUGAAUGCUUCCAGCGAUUCGAUCGCGACGGGGACGGAGUGCUCUCGGUCGAGGAACUCCACCAGGCUCUGGAGGAGACGCUGGAGGAGGAGCCCGACCGGGCCACCGUCCAGGAGAUGAUGCAGGAGGGCGAUCCGGACGGAACUGGCACCAUCUCAUACGCCAGCUUCAUGCAGAUGGCCCUCAAAUACCAGAAGGAUGACUAGCCAGGCUAGUCAUGAAUGAUACAUAUCAACAGGACGUGUGGCCGCUGAUUCACCGUAUUUCAAUAACAUCAAUGAACACAUCUCAUCGAAGCCUUCUAGUUUUGAGUAGUUGAGAAUUAUAUGAAGUAAUGUCGGUAACACUUAAUGGUUUGCAAAUUGUCCUAACGUCAAUAAAUUUGGCCAACCAUCCAUCGCUUUAUACAA